AAUUGUCAUUUAAUACUUUCUCUGGAAUUAUUAUUUUUACAUAUGAACCUCAAUCCAGUUGAGAAGUUGGAAGGGAAAGAGCAUUACAAGCUUGUUUCAAGAUAAGAAGAAAUGGAGACGGCUAAUAUCGGAGGCAUUUCAUUCUCAAUUCCUCUUGUUCUAAUUCUCAUGUUAAUGGCCACCCUUCUGCUAAGGGCUGCUGAGAAGAGGCGCCGUGUCUCCAAGUUGAGGCUUCCACCAGGCCCAGCAAGGUGGCCGAUCGUCGGUAACCUGACGCAGCUAGGACUUCUUCCCCACAAGGAUUUGGCUUACUUCUGCUCCUCCUACGGCCCUCUUGUCUAUCUCCGCCUCGGCGCCGUCGACGCCAUCACCACAGACGAACCGGCCGUCGUACGCGAGAUCCUCGUCCGGCAGGACGACCUCUUCGCAUCCCGCCCGAAGUUGGUGUCCGCCUUCCAGUUGACCUAUGGCGGCAGGGACAUCGCCUUCGCUCCGAUGGGCCCGCAAUGGAAGCGACUGCGCCGGACCUGCGUCGAGCACCUCCUCACCGCCAGGCGUUUCGAGUCUUUCGCUGGGAACAGGGCGCUGGAGGCGCUCCACCUCAUGCGCGAUGUGCGAGGGAAGGCGUGCAAAGGGGAAAUGAUCGAAGUGAGCCAGGUGCUCGGCGCCUUCACGAUGAACAACGUGACGAGGAUGCUCCUGGGGAGGCGGUACUUAGGAGCCGGACCAGCCGAGGCAGAUGAGCUGUUGAACCUCACGCACGAGCUGUUCCGGCUUCUGGGGUUGGUCUAUCCCGGCGACUACCUGCCGUUAUGGAGGUGGCUCGUCGACCCCUUCUUCGUCGGGACGGAGAAGAAGAUUAGGGAUGUUUCCCGGAGGCUGGAUGAGUUCCUACAAAGGGUUAUCGAUGAACACAGGCAAGCCAUUGAGGCAAAGAAUCUAACAGAUGGUGAGCAUGGCGCGAACAGGGACUUCGUUGAUGUGCUUCUUUCCAUGCCAGGGGAGGAAGAGGAGGAGCGGAUGGAUGAUAGGGAGAUGAAAGCCAUAAUGCUGGAUACAUUCGCCGCGGCGACUGAUACUUCUGCGGUGGCGAGCGAGUGGGCGAUGGCGGAGGCAAUCAAGAACCCAGAGUUGCUGCAGCGGGCACAGGAGGAGCUGGACAGAGUGGUCGGACGGGAUCGUAUGGUGCGAGAGUCUGACUUGGGAGAUCUGAACUACCUCCGGUGCAUCGUCCGGGAGACCUUCCGGAUGCACCCUCCGGGGCCGUUUCUGAUCCCCCGCGAGUCCAUGAAGGCCACCGAGCUCAUUGGGUACCACAUCCCGGCGAAGACGCGGGUGUUCAUCAACGCGCACGCGUUGGGGAGGAACAAGAGCGUGUGGGGGGAUGACGCAGACGAAUUCCGGCCGGAAAGGCACCUCCCGGCAGACGGGGAGAGGGUCGAGGUUCUCCGCAGGGGUGAGCUAGAGAUCUUACCCUUCGGAGCGGGGAAGAGGAAGUGCCCCGGCGCGACGAUGGGAACGACGAUGGUGUUGUUGGCCCUCGCGAAUCUCUUCCAUGGUUUCGACUGGGAAGUGCCGGAGGAGAUCGAUAUGGAAGAGGCGUUCGGCUUGGCUCUGCGCAAAGCAAAGCCGCUGCGGGCCAUGGCGGCGCCACGUUUGGCGGCUUCCCUGUUCCAGUGACCGGCCGGUGAUUUGGAUGGUUAGUGCGUAGCUUAAAUGAAUAAUGUAAAAAAAAAAAAUACACGAAUUACUUUGCGUGUGAUAAAUAAAUCUUACGAUGGCUUAAGUACGAAAAUAAAGCGAUUUCCACUGGAAUAUAAUACCUGAUGGUUCCUUUCA